ACAAACCAACAAAAUAUGGCAUAAAGGUUUACAUGUUGUGUGACUCGGCAAAUGGAUAUUGCUCAAGGCUAGAGCUGUUUACUGGGAGGGAGUGUCGACCUGUGCCCUCAGAAUAUGGAGUGACCUAUGAUUUGGUGAUGCGUCUCAUUCAACCCUACUUGAACAAAGGAUAUAAACUGUUCACUGACAAUUAUUUCACCAGUCCUCAUUUGUACUAUAACUUAUACUUGAAUGCUACAUUAGCAUGUGGAACUCUACGCAGUAACAGAAAAGGUGUUCCCAGGAUGUUGAGGGAGACUCGUCCAAUUGAUGGGAAUACAGUCACGUUCAACAAUGGAGUUUUGACCGCUGUUAAGUUUGCUGACAAGAAGGAUGUGUACCUUCUUACAACUAUUCAUGAAGGUAAAAUGGUUCCAACAGGGAAGAGAGACUAUGAGGGAAAUGUUGUUUGGAAGCCGGAUUGCGUGCUGGACUACAAUAAAUACAUGGGGGCCGUCGACAGAUGUGACCAAAUGGUGACUUAUGGAUCCUUUCAACGGAAAACUUUGAAGUGGUGGAAGAAGGUGUUCUUCCAUACUCUUGGCCUGGCUGUUCUCAAUGCCUACCACAUCUACAAGCACAGAGAGGAUCAUCCUGUUCCUCAUCGUUUAUUUAGGAGGCAGCUUGUAGCUCAGCUUGUUGAAGACUCCGGAGUGACUGGUCCAGAAGCCUCAGGACGACGAAGAGCAGCCCCUGAAGUUCUGCAGCGUCUCAGUGCCAGACAUUUCCCUUGCCACCUACCACCAACAGGGAAAAAGGUCCAUGCCCAACGUCGGUGUAUCGUUUGUGGUCCUGCUGAGGCAGAUAUCUUCAGGACACAGAACCCUGGUGUGAAGGUGCCAAACAGGACUGGACAUGACACCAAUUUUCAGUGUAGGCAAUGCAAAGUUGCACUGUGUAUCACACCAUGUUUCGAGCUGUAUCAUACUGUGUCGGACUAUACUUUGGCCUACAGAAGACACCAUCAUACUGCAGUCAGGAACCAGACCUUGGACAGGAGGAGUGAUAUAUUGUACAUGUAUACACUAAACACCCAAACAACAGUGUCAGAUAUCGAUGAUAUUUGGCCUUGAAAGUAAUCCUUUUCAUCAGUGCUGCUAUUAUAUAUUACAUAAUGUAGUUAUUUAAGAGGCGUAAAGAUCUAGUGUUAUUCAUUUAUAGCUAUAAUGUAAUUGUGAGAUUUAACAAUUCGCAAGUAUGAGAGUGUAUCUUUGUACCACAGCAUCGUACACCUUGUUACAGAAACAACUUUUCAACAUAGAUGUAUAUUUAGAAAUAAUUAUGUUAAUUUAUGAAGUUAUUUAAGAGGUUAUAUACUGCAUAGGGAAAUGUCAAGGAAUAUGACCUAAUGUUAAAGGGGCCUUAAGGCCUACUAUUAAUGUUAAGGUUUCAUUUAUGGAGGGCCAUGCACUUCAGGUUUGUAAUCAAUUAGCUCCCUUGAAUUUGCCAUAGAUGAUCUCCCUUGAAUAUUUCCAAUAUUACUUUUAGUGUUUUCAACAGUGAAAGAAGUGGCAAAUUAAAGUUGUUUGUUGUUUUAAUUUCAUUCUAUAUUUGAUUUGUUAAAUUUUUGUCACUAAACUAAAUCCUCAAAGGAUGGCAGAAUUUCA